AAUUACUUUGAAAGGGCAGAGCGGAAGUGUAUCUGGUCUCGAUGUGUAACUUGAAGUGGCGAGCGUGGACAGGCAAGCAGGUGAAGGUGCGAAGUGUUGGUCAGCGUGGGUUACAACAGUGGGGUGACGGAGGAGGGAGGAAGAAAGGCAAGUAUGGAUAGGGGAGAGUCUGAGAGGAUGAUGUCGUCGUGUGGAAGCUUGUACGACAGCACCAACCUGCUGCUGCAGUACUGCAACAACACCGCCGACGACACGGUGUCGGCGGGCAGCAACAUGGACAUGGAGGACCGCGUGUCCCACUUGGAGCAGAGGCUGCAACUGCAGGAGGACGAGAUCCAGCUGCUGAAGUCGGCCCUGGCAGACGCGCUGCGACGCCUGGGCCACUGUGAGGAGCGUCCCCUGGCCUUGCAGUCGGGGGGCGCUCACGCCGCUGGGAGGAGGUCUCUGGGAGGGGCGAGUGUGACCCCGCCCACCAGGGUGCGCCAGCUGCUGCAGGCUCUUCCCUCCAGGCCGCUGAGCAACGGCUACGUGCAACACAAGCGCCUCCUGUCCUCCCCCUCCUCGCCAAAGAAGGACGUCUUGCAGUCCAUCAAAAGGAAGAGCAUGUCCACCGAGCGCCUCACGCUGGUCAGGAGGGAGGCGGCAGCGGAGAGUCGAAGUCGAACUACCUCCUCCAGCAGCUCCUCGGGCGGUAAAAGUAAAUCCAAAGAAUGCACCUUCAAUGCAGAGGACGGCUACGUGAGGAUGUUCCUCCGAGGUCGCCCCGUCACCAUGCACGUCCCGGACGAGCAGAGGGACAACUACAGCCUGGAACACAAGGUGGCGCUGCCGGACCGCAAGCUGAAACUGGAGUGGGCGUACGGCUACCGCGGGCGGGACUGUCGCUCCAACUUGUACCUGCUGCCCACUGGAGAGAUCGUCUACUUCAACGCCUCGGUGGUGGUGCUGUACAACACCGAGGAGCAGCAGCAGAGGCACUACCUAGGACACACCGAUGACGUCAAAUGCCUGAGCGUGCACCCGGACAUGGUUACCAUAGCAACGGGGCAAGUGGCCGGAAACACGAAAGAUGGAAAGCUGCUGGCUCCUCACGUUCGUGUCUGGGACUCAGUAAGCCUUAACACGCUCCACGUGCUUGGGAUGGGAGUGUUCGACCGAGCCGUCGCCUGCGUGUCUUUCUCCAAGUCGAACGGCGGUAGCUUCCUCUGCGCCGUGGACGACGCUAACGACCAUAUCUUGUCCGUCUGGAACUGGCAGAAGGAGAAGCAAGUGGCAGACGUCAAGUGCUCCAAUGACUCCGUGCUGGGGGCCGUCUUCCACCCCCUGGACGCCAACCUGAUUGUGACCUGUGGGAAGUCCCACAUUAACUUCUGGACCACAGAGGGAAGCACGCUGAGCAAAAGACAAGGACUCUUUGAGAAACACGAGAAGCCCAAGUACGUGUUGUGCGUGGCGUUUGCUGAGAACGGAGACGCCAUCACCGGGGACUCUAGUGGAAACAUCUACAUCUGGGCCAAAGGUGGUAACCGUAUCAGUCAGGCGGUGUCGGGGGCACACGAAGGCGGCAUCUUCUCGGUUUGCGUCCUGAAAGACGGGACCAUGGUGUCGGGAGGCGGCAAGGACCGCAAGGUGGUGCUGUGGGACCGCGACUACAGGAAGCAAACAGAGAUGGAGGUUGGCGAGGCCUUCGGUCCAGUACGGGCUCUGGCAGAAGGCAAAGCAGGCGAGCUCUUUAUCGGAACCACCAAGAACGCCAUCCUUAGCGCCGCCUUCCCCGACACUAUGACGGCCAUCGUACAGGGUCACACGGAGGAGCUGUGGGGUCUGGACGUCCAUCCCUCCAUGGAGCAGUUUGUGACCUGCUCUCAGGAUAAGCAGGUCCACCUGUGGGACACCAACUCCCAUCAGCCCCUGUGGACAAAGACCAUCGAGGAUCCUGCGAGGUCUGCGGGGUUCCAUCCAAGCGGGGCGGUUUUGGCUGUUGGGACCAUGUCAGGAAGGUGGUUAGUGCUGGACACGGACACCCGGGAUCUUGUCUCUGUGCACACGGACGGUAACGAGAUCAUCUCCAACGUGAAGUACUCUCCAGAUGGCAACUUCCUGGCGGUGGCGUCGCACGACAACUUUGUUUACAUCUACGGCGUGACGGAGAACGGACGCAAGUACAACCGCGUGGGAAAAUGCACAGGCCACUCCAGCUUUGUGACCCACGUGGACUGGUCCACAGACAGCAAGAACCUGGUCACCAACUCAGGGGACUACGAGAUCCUUUUCUGGGAGGCGCCCAGUGGCAAACAUGUGACCAACAUGGACGCCGUGCGCAACCUCAAGUGGGCCACUUACACGUGCACUUUGAGCUUCAACACCUUCGGGAUCUGGCCCGACGGCGCAGACGGCACGGACAUCAACGGCGUGUGCAGGUCACAUGACUGCUCCCUGCUGGCAUCGGCUGAUGAUUUUGGCAAAGUGCACCUGUUUUCCUUCCCGUGCUCCCAGCCCAGGGCCCCGGGUCACGGGUACGGUGGCCACAGCAGUCACGUGACCAGCGUCGCCUUCCUGCACAACGACAGCCGCAUCCUCUCUACAGGCGGUAAAGACACCAGCGUCCUGCAGUGGGUGGUUGCCUAGGUAACCGCAAGCUGCCCACCAGGGGGCAGCAUCUCUUAAUGAAUGUUUGACGUCGUUUCCAUGGUGAAUGAAAUCAUAUUUAGUGUCUGCAGGACAUGGAAUGUAACACACACACACACACACCACCAAGUUUAGCAUUAGCGCUAACCGUGCCUAAACGCCAUCCUAGUACUGAGUUAUUGGUUUUAGGUCCCACGAAGCUGUAAGUCACUGACACGCCAGCCACCUUCAGUUGAUCGUCAAAUCUCCGUCAGGAGAAUCUAAUUCAGGUCCAAAAUAAUAAUAAUAAUGAUUGUCAAAAAGGGUACACUGGGGCUUUUUUGCUUCUUGUUGCUGUGUUUGCUAAGCACUAGGUGGCGCUACAGUGCAAUGAUUGCAUGAGCUAGGCUGCUGCUAACAUAACAAAGGUCUAUUAGAGUUGAUAUUUAAUAUCUAAAUAUAUAUUUACAUAUAUAUGUAUAUGUCAUGCAGUGUCCUGUGAAUGUGGGCGUGUCACAUGUAGUGAUGCUUCGCUGUGUUUGGCCUUCUGGUUUGCUAAUAAAGUUUUUACUGACCCGUU